AUGCCCGCUGAGAUCGACACGGGCGGGCCAACGGUGCUGCACUGUGAUUACCGUGCCGUCUGCCCGAUACCGAUCCUAACCUCGACAUCCACCUCAGCUUCCUUGCGCCGCGAAAAUAGAGUUGUUCGAACGAGUAUCGUGCGACGACUUCCACGGAUCGACGACAACGAAUCGCUCGAUGACACGAGCCUCAAGUCCCGUCGUUGGUCCGGUUUCUCUUCUCGUCGUACCGGAGGCGCAUCCGCGCGUUCUGUAUUGAGAGAAUUCCGUCGAAGCGAGCCACGCAUCGCGUUCAACGUUCCUACGGAGGCUAUCGAUGCUUCCUCACGGACGGCUGAUCGAAAGGAUUGCCAGCCUCAGGAUGUUUCUGGUCCGGAACAACCGGAAUCGCGACUUCGCGACACCAUCGACCAGUUCGACGAAAACGAGACGAUAAGGCAGACGCGAUCGAGACGGGACGAGUGUUCGUUGGAGCAUGAGGCCAUCAGCCGUAGAUUUCAAAACGAGAAAACACACGAUUGCCACGGAGUGCAAGGCUGGUGUUCGAAACGCGACUUAUCGGCAACUGGAAACUGGACGGAGUUUUGUGUCGCGGACCACGUACAAAUAGGGAAAUCGCGGUUCUCUAGUCAAUCGAGCGACUCUUCGAGAUCGGAUCGGACGUACGAGAAGCUCACCACGACGAGCACGCUUCCGUCCUUGACCGAUGAAACGUGGAAGGAAGUGGACGCAACGAAUUCCUGGCGAUGCGAGUCGCGCGUCACCAAGGUCGAACUGACGGCCGAUCGGCAGACCGACUUUCCUUCCUACGACAACGAGUCUUCCUCGAGGAGUGGCCACGGUAGAACGAGAAAGAAGAGGCGCGAGUGUCGUAACAACCGUUCCACGUACCUUCAGUUAGCCCUGCUGUUGUUGCUCCUCGCGUUCGGACAGUGCAGACCCCGUAAAUCGAGUGUGUUCAACUGCAGUGUGAAAUCGAGUACCACCGGUUUGAGUGUGUUGGCGAUUGGCACGGUUAUCAGUGCAGUGAGUGGCGCACCAGUUGAUUUAAUGGGUGAUGCUGGCGUAAGGGCAGAACGAUCGGCCAAUUUGUCGCACAUCACCGGCGCUUCUAGGAAGAUCCAGAUGUACAUCAAGAAUCGGCAUUUGCAAAUCCUGCCUGACGGCACGGUAAACGGCUCAAACGACGACACAUCGGAUUACAGUGAGUACCGAUUUUCUAUCACCCUUACCGUCAAUCAUUUAUCGAUAUUUCAAAACGAGAAAACACACGAUUGCCACGGAGUGCAAGGCUGGUGUUCGAAACGCGACUUAUCGGCAACUGGAAACUGGACGGAGUUUUGUGUCGCGGACCACGUACAAAUAGGGAAAUCGCGGUUCUCUAGUCAAUCGAGCGACUCUUCGAGAUCGGAUCGGACGUACGAGAAGCUCACCACGACGAGCACGCUUCCGUCCUUGACCGAUGAAACGUGGAAGGAAGUGGACGCAACGAAUUCCUGGCGAUGCGAGUCGCGCGUCACCAAGGUCGAACUGACGGCCGAUCGGCAGACCGACUUUCCUUCCUACGACAACGAGUCUUCCUCGAGGAGUGGCCACGGUAGAACGAGAAAGAAGAGGCGCGAGUGUCGUAACAACCGUUCCACGUACCUUCAGUUAGCCCUGCUGUUGUUGCUCCUCGCGUUCGGACAGUGCAGACCCCGUAAAUCGAGUGUGUUCAACUGCAGUGUGAAAUCGAGUACCACCGGUUUGAGUGUGUUGGCGAUUGGCACGGUUAUCAGUGCAGUGAGUGGCGCACCAGUUGAUUUAAUGGGUGAUGCUGGCGUAAGGGCAGAACGAUCGGCCAAUUUGUCGCACAUCACCGGCGCUUCUAGGAAGAUCCAGAUGUACAUCAAGAAUCGGCAUUUGCAAAUCCUGCCUGACGGCACGGUAAACGGCUCAAACGACGACACAUCGGAUUACACGAUAUUUCAACGAACGUCGGUGUCCAGAGGUCAACUGAGGAUUCAAGGUGUUGCGACCUGCCUGUACCUGUGUAUGGAUUCGUGUGGUCUUCUUUACGGCUCGCGGGAGUACACCGACGACUGCGUGUUCAACGAGACCCUCGAGCAGCACAACUACAACACGUACAGUUCGGCAAAAUGGUCCACGGCGAAGAAGACGCUCUAUCUCGGCUUAAACCGACGUGGACAGCCGAGGAGGGUACAGGCGAAAGGUCACAACCUGGGCAGACUGUCCGCCUACGCGCGAGUAUUAACUCAGGUCGCUCCAUCGGAGCGGGUCGAUGCGCUUCAAAGGCGAAUGUUGACUUCGAAGGCACAGCACAACAUUCGUCAUCGACACAACCUUCAUCGCGGCGAUUUGAUCCAGCAAUCGCUCUGUCCCACUCUUCCAGUACAGGAAAAGGACGGCAGAGACAAGUUUAGGUGUCGCAAACGGAAGAAGAGGAAGAAGAGGAAGCGGCGAUGCAGACCGGGCGAGAAGCCAGGUCCUCAGUGCCAAAUCGCGGAGGAGAAGGAUGACGCGAGCUCGAUGCAUCCGGCUAGAAGCGAGGGUCUCCCUUUGAACGGGACUUCACCGGAGUCAAAGAGAUCCUGCGAAGGAGCAGCUAGCGAGGAGGCCUGCCGUAGAGAGGCUCUCUCGGUCCCGUCUAAGAAACGGAAGCUGCGGGUCCAAGAUGCAGCCGAGGUGGCAGCAACGGUCGGCAGGAAUGUCACCGGGAACAGCAACGGUAAGAGCAAAGCACCAGCGUCAAACGCAAAAAAAGUACACGCCGCUGGCAGCAUGAGUCAAAGUAAAAAGCCUAAUUUGACGGACGGGAAGAAGAAAAAGAAGAAGGGCCCGGCAGCGGCGAGGAGGAACCCAGCGGUGCCUCUGCCCCGGAAGAGGUUCAUGCCUGGCAAAACGGACAACACGUCUGCGGUGCUCACGGCAACUCCCGUACCGAUCUUCGCAACGUCCUCCUCCUCUUGGUGGUCUCCUGGUGCGUCAACCGACCCUUCAGGGAGAGGAAUCUUGCCUAGGCGCAGAGGCAAGCAGGCUUCCUCGCGGAAAAACGACUCUUCCGGGAAUCCUCGUAGGGUAGGGAAAGCUUUCGCGAGAAAUCGUACGAAGACGAUUAACCGUACCGUUAGCGCGAACACAUACGAGACCACCAUGAAUCCUGAUCGUACCGAUCAGUCGGUGACCGUGAAAGUUCCUGAGACCGUUUCCGAUCGAUCUUUCCGAAAUUCGAGUCUGUCCUCCGAGAAUGCGGACGAUGCCUCGAGAUCAUUGUUCGAAUCCUUGCCAAUCGACGAAGACGCGUCUUCGACAUUUUCGAAUGAACACGUGACUGCCACGAUCGAUUCGACCAUCUCGAUCGAAGUUACCGGAACGAUUAGCUCGUUUGGGUUACACGACGAGGGGAAUAAAUCGGUCGACGAAGUCGGCAACGUAGACGACAGCGACAGGUUCGACACGCCGGAAACUAUCCAGUCGACCACCACCCCCGGGGUACCGUUCGAGAGGCUGGCCAUGUAAGGCGAAAUGCCAGCUUUCCGUUAGCUCGAACGCGUCUACGGGGACGGACUCAUUUGUAAACUUACAUGUACAUAGUAAUCAUGAUACGAUACGAUUUACAACAUACUUCACAUUCAUGUAUGACGAUUGCGUGCGCAUGAAGCGUUUCGCGCGUGGGACUCUCGGUGUUCUGAUCCGCCGAUGGCUCUGAAUCGGACAAAUAUGAACUUCGGCUUAUACAUAUAUUCCUUCCAUUUUUGUUAGCGAAUCCGUUGCUAGCAGAUACUUUGUCCUCUUACGUUUCGAGGUGUCUUCUUCACGAAAAUAACUUAAUUCAGUAAAAAAUUAUGCAGCACGUACGCGAAAGUUAGUCACUGUAAUUUAAAUUUUCCAUGAAUACGAGGAUUCUUUCUUGCGAAUAAUUUACCAAAUUGACAUAGAAACAGAGAUUUCAUUGUAUUAACUUGUUCCUUAGACCAUAUUACACUGAAGCAGUAUACAAGCUUCACCAGGUUUCUAAUGCUACAUGUCAUCAAGACGACGAUAAAAAUAAAAUAAAAAAAGUCCUGUACAUAAAAAUACAGAAGUUGUUAUGUUUAUCAGAUAAUUAUUGUAAUGUCAAUUAUGUGUUAGAGUCACAAUUUGAUAUUACAUUGAUUUAAUUGAUGAAUCAAAAUUUUGCUACCUGUGAAUUAUUGCUGCAAAAAUAUUUACAUUUGUGGACUGCGGUUUUACUAAUUAUAAUUAUAAUCCAGAUUUAAGAAACAUAUCUAUAAAUAUAUCAAAUAAAAUAAAACAUAUCAAUUUUGGAACGAAAGUGUUCCAUACAGUAUGCAAUGAAUUUAACGGAAUGGUAUAAAAUUUAGAAUAAAAUUAGCGCUUGAAAUGGCAGCUUUGAUGACCUUGACCUGAAUAUGUGACACAUAUGGGUUAACACUUAUGAUGAUUUAAUAAUUCAACCUGAUCUGAUAAUUACUAAUUUGUUGUAACAGUACAAUUUUGAAUUAAAUUAGGUUCAAUUACGCCAAUAUUUUGAAG